AUGAACGCACUUGUGCGUGAUGAAGUCGGACUUAUUCGUGCUAUAUCGGUCAAGGAACGCUCUUCAAGUCAGUGCAAGCAGCGCUUUCAUGAUAUUCAAGUGACAGCCGGUGCUGUCUUCAAUGACAUCAAGGCUCUUACAGUCGAUAUGAAGCACGUCGAGAAGUUCAUUACAGAAAUCUCUCACGCUGCCAAGGAUCGCGCAACCUCAGCAAAAUUGUACUCACUGUUGCCCAGCGCUGAAGAAUGGAAUCGCGUCAAGAAGUUUCAGCGCAUUCUACAGACUUUGCAUGACCGUCCAUCCAUGUCAGAAUUUGCACGCGUGCUGGACGGAGCAACUUCAAACGACCAGUAUGAGUAUUUCGAAGCCGGAUUACAGUCAGGGCUUGACAAGAUUAGCGAGUAUUAUGACAAGACAGGUGACAACGACGUCCCUAGUCUUAAACCCUCGUAUAUGAUUCUCAUUCUUUGA